AUGAUGCAGCCACCGCGGUGGGUGACAGUCCUGCUUCUGCUGGCGGUGUCCGUGCCGGCGCGCGUGGUGGCGGCGCACGUGUGUCCGCCCCUGUCGUGCGCGGCGACGCGGCUGGGAUACCUGUGGGACCACAACAACCAGGGCCACCUGGGGGAGGAGGAGCUGCAGGGCGACCUGCGCAAGUCGCAGCACUGCAUGCUGCUGUGCCGCCGCACGCGCGGCUGCUACAUCUGGAUGUUUCGCUUCAGCAGCGACGGAGCGUUCUGCCGCAUGUGGUCGCUGGAGCAGAGUCCGUGCAACGUGGACCCCAGCGACGGCGCCAACCCCGUGCACUACAACCCCACGCCGCCCUGGGAGGGCUUCUUCGGCUUCGGCGGCAACUGCUCCUCCGACGCCGAUGCCCAGGGGCAGACGCAGGCGCAGGCGCAGGCGCAGGGGCAGGGGCAGGGGCAGGGGCAGGGGCAGGGGCAGGGGCAGGGGCAGGGGCAGGGGCAGGGGCAGGCGCAGCUUCCUCUCGGGUACGGGCAGGGCCCACCCCAGGGAGGAAACGGUGGUGACCAGGGCCAAGGACAGCCGGGACAAGGCCAGCAACAGGGGCAAGGGCAGUUCCCGCAGGGGCAGGGGCAGGGUUACCAGCAGGCGCAAGGCGCGUCACUGGGGUCGGGGCAGCUGCCUGCGCCUGGUGGCGUGGUGUCAGGGCCGCGGGGAGACCAGUGGCAGGGCGCGCAGGCGCAGGGAGGGGCGCAGGGGCAGGGGAAUGGUCAGGAGUGGCAGGGUGCUAGACGACAGGGAGGCUGGCAGGGGCAGGGGCAAGGAGAGGGGCAGGGGCAGGGGCAGGGGCAGGGGCAGGGGCAGGGGCAGGGGCAGGGGCAGGGGCAGGGGCAGGGGCAGGGGCAGGGGCAGGGGCAGGGGCAGGGGCAAGGACAGGAGCAGGGCCAAUUUGGGGGGGGAAUCGGUGGAGGUGGAAUGAAUGGGAGCGCGCUGCCUGCUGAGGACCUAACUGUGCCCAAAGAGUACUUUCUGCCAGCUAGAGGAGUUCCCACGGAGCCAUGUCCAUGGCUCAAGUGCAACGUGGCGACACGUGGGUUCCUGUUUGACCACCCGGCGCGCGGCCACCUCACCGUCAUCUCCACUGCCACCAGCCGCCGGCGCCGCGCACACGACUGCUGGAGCGCCUGCCGCAAGACAGAUGGGUGCGCCUUCUGGAUGUUCGAACAGGGCAACUCCCCCACAGGAUAUUGCAAGAUGUGGAACAACGAGCAGAACCCAUGUGACCCAGACAUGCCAGGUGAUCCCACGUCAGCACACUUCCAGCACAGGGAGGACAGGCGCUUCGUGGUGGGAGGGCACUGCAAGGGAGGAGCCUCCAACUUCCAGUUCCAGAACAGGCAAAGACAGUUAUAG